CUCUUACCCCCCAGGACCUCCUCACCCCCACCCUGUACCAUGGUUAUUAUGUCCGUCCAAGAAUCACCAAGCAGCUAGGGCGGGGCUUCUCUGAUAUAGAGGCGGAGCCAGGGAAGUGGACCGUUCGAUUGGACGUGUGUCAGUUCACUCCUGAUGAAGUCACUGUUCGCACUGUCGACAACCUACUGGAGGUCAGUGGUAACCACUCCCAGAGACAAGAUGUCCACGGGUUCAUCAGUCGGUCGUUUACGAGGACCUACAUACUUCCUGUGGGUGUCGACCCUCUACUGCUCUUCGUCGACCUAUCACACGACGGCAUCCUCUCUGUCUCCGCUCCCCGGACAACCCCCGACCCGCCCUCCUCACACACGCAUAUCAUACACACUCACACCGACAAGACAACCUAGUGACGACACACAGACACAACCAAAAUACGACUUAGUGUCUGUCCUCUGUCAUGGAUCAAUCCCAAUUCCCCCUAGGAUCAACCCCAACACCCUCUAGGAUCAACCCCAAUACCCUCUAGGAUCAACCCCAACACCCUCUAGGAUCAACUCCAACACCCUCUAGGAUCAACCCCAACACCCUCUAGGAUCAACCCCAAUACCCUCGAGUGUCCUCUGUCAUGGAUCAACCCCAAUACCCUCUAGGAUCAACCCCAAUUCCCCCUAAGAUCAACCCCACCACCCUCUAGGAUCAACCCCAACACCCUCUAGGAUCAACCCCAAUACCCUCUAGUGUCCUCUGUCAUGGAUCAACCCCAAUUCCCCCUAGGAUCAACCCCAAUACCCUCUAGGAUUAACCCCAACACCCUCUAGGAUCAACCCCAACACCCUCUAGGAUCAACCCCAACACCCUCUAGGAUCAACCCCAAUAUCCUCUAGUGUCCUCUGUCAUGGAUCAACCCCAACACCCUCUAGGAUCAACCCCAACACCCUCUAGGAUCAACCCCAACAUCCUCUAGGAUCAACCCCAAUACCCUCUAGGAUCAACCCCAACACCCUCUAGGAUCAACCCCAAUACCCUCUAGUGUCCUCUGUCAUGGAUCAACCCCAAUUCCCCCUAGGAUCAACCCCAACACCCUCUAGGAUCAACCCCAAUACCCUCUAGUGUCCUCUGUCAUGGAUCAACCCCAAUUCCCCCUAGGAUCAACCCCAACACCCUCUAGGAUCAACCCCAUAUCCCUCUAGUGUCCUCUGUCAUGGAUCAACCCCAAUACCCCCUAAGAUCAACCCCAACACCCUCUAGGAUCAACCCCAAUACCCUCUAGUGUCCUCUGUCAUGGAUCAACUCCAAUUCCCCCUAGGAUCAACCCCAAUACCCUCUAGGAUCAACCCCAACACCCUCUAGUGUCCUCUGUCAUGGAUCAACCCCAAUUCCCCCUAGGAUCAACCCCAAUACCCUCUAGGAUCAACCCCAAUACCCUCUAGUGUACUCUGUCAUGGAUCAACCCCAAUUCCCCCUAGGAUCAACCCCAAUACCCCCUAGUGUCCUCUGUCAUGGAUCAACCCCAAUUCCCCCUAGGAUCAACCCCAAUACCCCCUAGUGUCCUCUGUCAUGGAUCAACCCCAAUACCCUCUAGGAUCAACCCCAAUACCCCCUAAGAUCAACCCCAACACCCUCUAGGGUCAACCCCAACACCCUCUAGGAUCAACCCCAAUACCCUCUAGUGUCCUCUGUCAUGGAUCAACCCCAACACCCUCUAGGAUCAACCCCAAUACCCCCUAGUGUCCUCUGUCAUGGAUCAACCCCAAUACCACCCGGAAUGAGAUAUAUGGAACGCAGACCGUGGGGGAAAGCAGAAGGAACAGAGACUGUGGGGGUUAGUAGACUGUGGGGGAUAGGAGACUGUGGCGGAUAGGAGACUAUGGUGGAUAGAACAAGGACCGUAGACCAUGGGGGAUAGAACAAGGUACGCAGACCGUGGGGGAAAGCAGAAGGAACAGAGACUGUGGGGGAUAGGAGACUGUGGGGGAUAGGAGACUGUGGGGGAUAGGAGACUGUGGCGGAUAGAACAAGGACCGUAGACCAUGGGGGAUAGAACAGCAGACUGUGGGGAAUAGCAGACUGUAGGUGAUAGCAGACUGUGGGGGAUAGCAGACUGUAGGGGAUAGCAGACUGUAGGGGAUAGCAGACUGUGGGGAAUAGCAGACUGUGGGGGAUAGCAGACUGUAGGUGCUAGCAGACUGUGGGGGAUAGCAGACUGUGGGGGAUAGCAGACUGUGGGGAAUAGCAGACUGUGGUUGAUAGCAGACUGUGGGGGAUAGCAGACUGUGGUUGAUAGCAGACUAUGGGGGAUAGCAGACUGUGAAUGAUAGCAGACUGUGGGGGAUAGCAGACUGUGGGGGAUAGCAGACUGUGGGGGAUAGCAGACUGUGGUUGAUAGCAGACUGUGGGGGAUAGCAGACUAUGGUUGAUAGCAGACUGUGGGGGAUAGCAGACUGUGGGGGAUAGCAGACUGUGGUGGAUAGCAGACUGUAGGUGAUAGCAAACUGUGGGGGAUAGCAGACUGUAGGGGAUAGCAGACUGUAGGGGAUAGCAGACUGUGGGGGAUAGCAGACUGUAGGGGAUAGCAGACUGUAGGGGAUAGCAGACUGUGGGGGAUAGCAGACUGUGGGGGAUAGCAGACUGAGGGGAUAGCAGACUGUGGGGAAUAGCAGACUGUGGGGAUAGCAGACUGUGGGGGAUAGCAGACUAUGGGGGAUAGCAGACUGUGGGGAAUAGCAUACUGUGGGGGAUAGCAGACUGUGGGGGAUAGCAGACUGUGGGGGAUAGCAGACUGUGGGCGUUAGCAGACUGUGGGGGAUAGCAGACUGUGGAUGAUAGCAGACUGUGGGGGAUAGCAGACUGUGGGGGAUAGCAGACUGUGGUUGAUAGCAGACUGUGGGGGAUAGCAGACUAUGGUUGAUAGCAGACUGUGGGGGAUAGCAGACUGUGGGGGAUAGCAGACUGUGGAGGAUAGCAGACUGUAGGUGAUAGCAAACUGUGGGGGAUAGCAGACUGUAGGGGAUAGCAGACUGUAGGGGAUAGCAGACUGUGGGGGAUAGCAGACUGUAGGGGAUAGCAGACUGUAGGGGAUAGCAGACUGUGGGGGAUAGCAGACUGUGGGGGAUAGCAGACUGUGGGGGAUAGCAGACUGUGGGGGAUAGCAGACUGUGGGGAAUAGCAGACUGUGGGGGAUAGCAGACUGUGGGGGAUAGCAGACUAUGGGGGAUAGCAGACUGUGGGGAAUAGCAUACUGUGGGGGAUAGCAGACUGUGGGGGAUAGCAGACUGUGAGGGAUAGCAGACUGUGGGGGUUAGCAUACUGUGGGGGAUAGCAGACUGUGGGGGAUAGCAGACUGUGGGGAAUAGCAUACUGUGGGGGAUAGCAGACUAUGGGGGAUAGCAGACUGUGGGGAAUAGCAUACUGUGGGGGAUAGCAGACUGUGGGGGAUAGCAGACUGUGGGGGAUAGCAGACUGUGGGGAUAGCAGACUGUGGGGGAUAGCAGACUGUGGGGGAUAGCAGACUGUGGUUGAUAGCAGACUGUGGGGGAUAGCAGACUGUGGCGGAUAGCAGACUGUGGGGGAUAGCAGACUGUGGGGGAUAGCAGACUGUGGGGGAUAGCAGACUCUGGCGGAUAGCAGACUGUGGGGGAUAGCAGACUGUGGGGUAUAGCAGACUGUGGGGGAUAGCAGACUGUGGGGGAUAGCAGACUGUGGGGGAUAGCAGACUGUGGGGGAUAGCAGACUGUGGGGGAAUCCCAUUGAUGUGUUCUAUCAGGCCCACAUUGUGGUUUCUACAAUCCCAUUUGGAUAUAUUUGUCUGUUUUCGCUGCAUAAUAUUUAGAAGUUGUCUUUUUCGGGUUUCAAAUUUCUUUGUGCUCAAUGCCACCUCCCGUUCUGAUAAACUGGUAGCAAAGCCAGCAUAGAGAAGUCGGUGGUUGUAGUCAAAGCCGUUUUUAACUAGUGCAUUUGAUUGGUGACGAACAUGUACUGUAUAAGGGAUGGCAUCUUUACAAGCAUUAUACUCCAAUAUCUACCACAACGUAGUGUCAAAUACAUAUAUUAACAAUAGCCUAAAUGUAGGUUGAUUCUGAUGGCCGGUAAUGAGGAGAUUAGGGAUCUAUCCCCAACCGUUUCCAUGGUUUCUGUGGAACUCUUACAUAAUCUAUUAGAUCGGACAUUUCUGAAGAUGUAUAUUGUUGCUUAGUGAUGCUCUAGUCUACAAUAAAAUAUACCUAUUAUUACAAAAACAAUAGGUAUAUUUUAUUGUAAACUAGAGCAUCACUAAGCAACAAUAUAAAUUAGUGUUGUUUCUUAAACUAGAAUAUAGUCUAAUGAUCCCCAUAGAUCAUAAAUAAAUUAAUAAAUAAGGAUUGAGCUCUUGAAUUGAAUGGUUGAUUAACCGGAACUCACACAUGCUACUGUUGAAUGGUUGAUUAACCGGAACUCACACAUGCUACUGUUGAAUGGUUGAUUAACCGGAACUCACACAUGCUACUGUUGAAUGGUUGAUUAACCGGAACUCACACAUGCUACUGUUGAAUGGUUGAUUAACUGGAACUCACACAUGCUACUGUUGAAUGGUUGAUUAACUGGAACUCACACAUGCUACUGUUGAAUGGUUGAUUAACCGGAACUCACACAUGUUACUGUUGAAUGGUUGAUUAACCGGAACUCACACAUGCUACUGUUGAAUGGUUGAUUAACCGGAACUCACACAUGCUACUGUUGAAUGGUUGAUUAACUGGAACUCACACAUGCUACUGUUGAAUGGUUGAUUAACUGGAACUCACACAUGUUACUGUUGAAUGGUUGAUUAACCGGAACUCACACAUGCUACUGUUGAAUGGUUGAUUAACCGGAACUCACACAUGUUACUGUUGAAUGGUUGAUUAACCGGAACUCACACAUGCUACUGUUGAAUGGUUGAUUAACUGGAACUCACACAUGCUACUGUUGAAUGGUUGAUUAACCGGAACUCACACAUGCUACUGUUGAAUGGUUGAUUAACUGGAACUCACACAUGCUACUGUUGAAUGGUUGAU